AUGGUGUUUGCCAUUAAAGAAAUCAACAAUAAUUCCAGUUUAUUACCAGGAGUGACACUAGGUUAUCGGAUCUUGGAUAGCUGUGAUCAUGUGCACACCAGCCUGCGGAGUCUGCUUUUCCUGGUGAAUGGCACCUUUAGUCAAACACAGGCUGAUGCUGCUGGCAGUGCCAAAUGCAUUUCCACUGCCCCGGUGCCAGCUGUCAUCGGCCUGGCAUCAUCUUCACCUACACGGGCCGUGGCACAAACUUUGGGUCCAUUUAGAAUUCCACUGCUUCUUCACUACCUGAAAAAAGUGAAUUUUACAAACCAGUUCAAAGAGAAGGUGUAUUUUGACAACAAUGGAGAGCCUGUGCCCCUCUAUGACAUCAUAAACUGGCAGAAAAAUGGCAGAGGUAACAUCCGGUUUCAAAUGGUGGGCACUUAUGAUGGCUCUGCCCCACAUGGACAGCAGCUUAAGAUAGAUGAGGGGUUAAUUCAGUGGGCAGGGAGACACACUGAGGUUCCUGUUUCUUUAUGUACCCCUCCUUGUCCCCCUGGAACACGCCAGGCCACUCGACCAGGACAGCCUGUCUGCUGCUUUGACUGUUUGCCCUGUGCUGAAGGGGAAAUCAGCAAUAUCUCAGGUGCUACUGAGUGUACCAAGUGUCCCCAGUACUACUGGCCAAACAAAGAAAGGGUUUUCUGUGUUGCUGGCAUAGAGGAGUUCCUUUCAUACCAUGAAAUCAUGGGCAUCAUUCUCAUUUCUUUGUCUCUCUUUGGAGUCGCUGUGGCAACUGUUAUCACAGUGAUUUUCUUCCUUUUUCGAAGCACACCCAUUGUUAAAGCCAACAACUCUGAGAUGAGUUUUCUAUUGCUGUUGUCUCUCAAACUUUGCUUCCUUUGCACACUGGUGUUUGUGGGCCGGCCCUCGCCAUGGACAUGCCGUGCCCGACAAGCUGCGUUUGGGAUCAGCUUUGUUCUAUGUAUCUCAUGCAUACUGGUGAAGACCAUUGUGGUGCUUUUGGCGUUUCGUUCCACUAUCCCUGGGUCCAUUUCUCUAAAGUUAUUUGGCAUUCCACAGCAAAGGGUUUUCAUUUUCUUCUGCACGACAGGCCAAAUUAUCCUGUGUGCUUGCUGGCUGGCACUAGCACCUCCUUACCCCUACAAAAACACAUCCUAUCAGGGUGGUAAGAUUGUACUAGAAUGUAAAGAUGAGUGGCCACUAGGAUUUUACCUGGUGUUGGGCUAUAUUGGGCUGCUCUCUUGUAUGUGCUUUGCCCUCGCCUUCCUUGGAAGGAAACUUCCAGAUACAUUUAAUGAAGCUAAGCUCAUCACUUUUAGUAUGCUCAUAUUUUUUGCUGUGUGGAUCUCUUUUAUACCAGCAUACAACAGCUCACCAGGGAAAUACACAGUGGCUGUUGAGAUAUUUGCCAUUCUAGCUUCCACUUUCGGCCUUCUGUUUUGUAUUUUUAUACCUAAAUGCUACGUAAUUCUGUUAAGGCCUGACUUAAACACUAAGAAAGGAAUGACUGGAAAAAUGUCUAAAUGA